CUGUAAGUCAGCUGUCACAUUUACUCAAUCAAAUAACAAAUAAUUACAAAGGCGGUAAAGUUUUUAAAAAUAUAAUUUCUAUAUUUAAUGUUUUAAUAUUAAAUAAAAUGGACACAAAAGCGGAUAAACUACAAAAGAAAGCAAUUCGCGAUCAGCAGAAGCGUAUGAAACCGGGUGAAUGCGACAAAUAUGUACGCUUAGUUUUGGAUAGCGAUAUACUAGCAUCUAACGUACCGGGACUUGGUAACGAUCUAACAAAUGAAAUGGAAAAACUUCAAAUAAAAUAUACAGUACGCAAUUUACCUUCAAAAUUGUGUGUAAUUUGGGAACGUCAAUCAGGCCAACGCGAAUUACUGCCUACUGAGUGUUUGGAUUCACCGCUGAGCGCGCAGUGGGAAACUGAAAAUCAAGUUAUACAAUUCUUUACUACACAUGAACUUAAGAAUAAACCAGCAACUGAAAUAGCGAAAAGUUUAGAACAACAUUAUCCAAAUAAGCAACCCACUGUAGCGCUAUUAGCGGAACGAAGUAAAAACGAUUCGCACACUAUCAAUUCUGUACUCAUAGACUUACAAGUUCUACAUCAAGUAGCCACAAUGCAGGUGCCACCAGUAGCUAGUGAAAUUGCUGCUAUGUUACGACGUUUCACCAAAGCCAUAGCGGAAGCACCGUUCAAGCAACAAAGAGCCGAGUCUUUAGGCUCAUUCAAAAAAUUCCUGGCGAAUGAUAAGAAACAGUGUGUGCGUGUAGUCGGUACAAACGGUUUAGGGCGCCUUUGGCAACAACACUUAAAUCGUUUGCCAUUAGUCACCUUGGAAGUAGCUGAGACUAUAAUCGCACAAUAUCCAUGUCCAAAACGACUUAUGGAUGCAUACGAACGAGAUGCAGAUGAAGAGAAAAAGGUUAUGGCCGAUUUAAAGAUCAAUCGCGGCGCACCACAGCCAUUGCAAGCGGAUAGGCGUAUUGGUCACGUAUUGAGCGGAAAAUUACAUAUGUUGUAUAAUAGCAGAGAUCCGAAUGCAAUCAUUUAGUUUAUUCAAUAAAACUGCAAAACAAUUUCUGAAA